UCUUCAUCCGGAAGUCGCCAUUGCAUCGUUAACUCAAGCCGUGCACAUAUUUUAUCACUUGCAUUGAAACGUUAGACAGCGUUGGUUUGCCUAUUCAUACAAUUCUGUCGUGAAGUGUGACAUGAAAGAUCUGUGAUCUGUAAAAGACUCGUAAGAAUGGUAGCCAGUGCAGAAAUAGUCAAACGUACAAUUCCAGAGCUGCGCGUGGUCGACUUGAAGAAUGAAUUGGAAAAGAGAAACCUUGACAAAACUGGAAACAAAGCUGUCCUAGUUGAACGGCUUACCAAGUCUGUUUUGGAAGAAGGCCACAACCCUGAUGAAUACCACUUUGAAGUAUCUGAAAGGAAGAUAGCAAAAAGAACAAGCACAACAAAAGGACAAGAUCAUGACAUCAGUGAUCUAGACAGUGGUACAGAUGGGGUUGAUGUAUCAAAUGCCAACGAGUUUGAUGAAGAUUUUAAGGAAGAUGUGGACACCAAGAAAGGAUGUCAAACUAAUGAUAUUAAUGAACCAGACAGUUUUGAGGUGGUAGAAGCUAAAACAACCGUAUCUUCUGACGAGUCUACAAAAAUGGAAUUUUCUGGCAACCAAGAGAAUAGUGAUGCCGUUGAGGAUUGCAUCAACCUGAAUGUAGAAGACGAAGAAAACUUUGAUGAGGAGGAGAGUCAUACCAAGGAGAAGGACGAACCGCCAAGGAGAGUUGUAGUUCAGCAGCAGCAACGAGAAGAGAAACAGCAGCCUAAGAGCGUAUCGGCCGGCGUGGUUUCGUCGGGAGACACAUCCUCUGCCGGCGGCGUAGGAGAUGCCAUGGAAAUCGUCAAAACGAGUUCGGGAGCCUUUGGUGGCAGCGAUGUGGACCGUGAAGCAGAUGAAGAUGUUAAGGAAAGCAACAUCGCUACUGGAGCAACUAUGGACAUCGCCUCAUCAACUUCGUCCGGAGAGAAAGCGAAGAGUGGUUCUGUUGGCGUUAAAGAUGGAACGAAGGCGGCCUCCAAAGACGACCGAGACAAGAAGAAAAGCGUAGGAAGUUCGAGCAGUAGUGGUGGCAGCCGCAACUUAUGGGUGAGUGGGUUGUCAACAUCAACUCGCGCAACAGAUUUGAAACACCAUUUCUCAAAAUUCGGCAAAGUCAUCGGAGCGAAAAUAGUCACCUAUGCACGGACACCAGGCGUACGUUGCUUUGGUUACAUAACUAUGGCCACAAGUGAAGACGCAUCAAAGUGUAUACAGUACCUCCAUCGCACUGAAGUUCAUGGGAGGAUGAUCUCUGUAGAGCGGACAACAGGGGAGAGUGGACCUCGUAAAGCUGAUGUCAAAUUGUCUGAACCAAAGAAUGCAGUCCCAGCGGCAACCGAGGGCGAGACAUCUGAAAAAAAGAGCAUUGAUAAAGUUGACGAAGUCGAAGGCGAUUCUUCGCCGCUCCCGAAGAAAGUAACAGAAGUUACGACACCGGAAGUUGCAUCGUGUGAUGCAACCGGAGAUACGUCCGCUGUCGGAAAUGUGAGAGAAAAGGAAGAAGAGAAGGUAACGUCACAAGGAACGGAUAAAGAUGGUAAAACAGCGACCGCCUCGGCCCAACAACAGCGCGAAAAUCGUGAACGGGUCAACCGGGAACGAAUGGAACGUGAGAGGAAAGAUCGCCCCCGACGACCUCUGUCGCCUCAUCGACCCCGUCAGCAAGUUUUGACUUUCCAGCACAUUCGGGAGGAACGGGAGAAGCAACGCCUACGAGAACGUGAACGGCUAGAGAGAGAAUCUGAGCGUCGUCGACGAGAAGAAAUGGCGCGAAUUCGGGAAUUUGACCGCAAGCAACGUGAAGAGGCUAUGCGGCUAGAAAAAGAGCGUGAACGGUUACGCAUCGAAAGGGAGAGACUGGAGCGCGAGAAAGCAGAAAUACUGCGGCUUGAACGGGAACAGCAGCGGCUGGAAAGAGAAAAAAUUGAAGCGGAACGAGAAGAGCUGAAACGCAGACAAGCUAGGUCUCUUGCCAAAAUUGAAGAGGUUCGACGCGCUACCAAGAGGACCGCUCCUAAUGAUCGUGACGCAUACUUUGUCGAUCGUAAACGCCUUUCCGUAGAGGGAUCUAUGCGAUUUGAUCCAGCAUCUCGAUUCAGUGAUUCUAAAUCUAGCACUGCUGGAGGCAGUGGGCAUUUUGGAUCUGGUUCGGCGUCACUGGGUUCCGAUUAUCGUGGCUCUAAGGUGUCUGAACCGGUUCGUGGCGGUUACGAUAACCAUGCGCGACGUUUCGAUCGCCCACCUCCAUCAUCCGCGUCUACUACAGUUGGACCGUCUGUGAUCACCCGUCGCGUUGUUCAAGAGGUACCUAGCAUUCGAAGAGACAAUCGACCCGCACCGCCAUCACCACCACCGACUCGAGAUCGAUUGGAUGAUAGACGAGUAGUUGAUAGGGGGCGCGAUGAUAGGUAUGAUCGUGGAAAUCGAGGCCGAGAUAGUUUUUCAGACCGUGACAGGGAGCGAGAAAGAGAGCGCCCGCGUGAACGAGGAGUGGGAAGGGGUAACGUGGCUGAACCCAUCCGCAACAACCGCAUGCCUGAGCGAGAUCACCGUGAUCGAUAUGCCAAUGACUCGCGAACUGGGAAAGAUCACCGUUACAACGAGCGAGGAUCCGAACCCUGGCAACGUGGUCCAGCUGGUGCGAAUGCACCUGCAUCAAACAGUGGAGCUGGAAGCUCAAAAGCGACUUACGGUUCGAAUGCAAGUGGCAGUGGUAUGCUCGGAAAUGGAGUUGGAUCGUCUUCUAGUACUAACGGGUGGUCUGGGAACGGAAGUGUUCAACAAGAUCGCUGGAGCACACCAUCUUCACUGAUGCCUGUCGGAAGAUCUUUGGGUGCGCCAUUGUCUGGGGCUUUCAACGGCAACUGGUCGGGAUCAGCGCCACCUCUUAGCAGUGUGUACAAUCCAGCAACAACGAUUGGUGGUCUGAACAAUGCAAUCGUCGGGCAGUCCGGAUCCGUUAACUAUUCGGCAGAUCGUUAUUCACGGCACUAACUUUUUCCAUCCUAUCUAACCUGAUGUUUUUUUUUUCGACUAGACGUUUACAAUGUAUCGAGCAAAUACACUAAAUUGGACUUUA